AUGGAGGUUACUACAGCUACGUCUGCUACGCCGAGCAUUUAUAUUAGUGAAGCGCAACAGGGCCUACAACCCAAUGGCGGUCAUCAGCCCCACCAAUCGCAGCACCAUCUAAACACUCAGCAACAUCAGCAUCAGAUGGCCAAAUUCCGCCGAGAAUCUAUUGCGCACUCCCAGGGAAUGGGUGGAGUGUCUUGGGGGUCCUUGACAGUCGGUUCCUGGCUGAAGGAGGAGGUUAUGAUUCACGCCCACAUGAAGGAUACAUUCAACAAUAACAUUGCCUCUAAUAAUAUGGCAUCUUUCGCUUCUCCUCCGUCGUCUUCAGGGUCUUACUUACCGAACCUGGAAAAAAAAUACUGCAAGGACUACAGCUGCUGUGGGCAGCUGCUGCCAAGCUUGCAUGAUCUUCUGCGGCAUUACGAGGAGGCUCACAUUGCGACAUCCCCAGGGCAUCAUGUCUCAAUCGCUGGUGGCAGUGGUAAUUUGACGGGGAAUAUGGGGGCGGCUGCUACUCAGAACCCUUCUGUUAAUACUAGGAAGAUGGGGGUUCUUGCGCAUCAGCAGCCACAACACCCCCACCAGCAGCAGCAUCCACAUGGCUCCUCUUCUGGUCAUCAACAAACUUCUGUUCAGCAGGCGCAUCAACUCCAACACUCACAUGUACAAGCACAUCACUAUACUCAGCCACACUAUAAUAACGGUAACGUCCAUUCAUCUCCGCUGCUGCAACAGCAGAUGCAACUACCGAAUCACCAUCACCAAGCAUUAGCUCCCGCUGGUGGGCCAAUGCAGGCCCAAGCUAGUAUGCCGUCCUCUCAGCAACAGCUGCAUCUUAAUGGUAAUCUAGUGGACGCAGUUUGUACAAAUGAUGUGUUUUUGCAGACAAACAAUGUAGCAACUAAUGCACCUUCUAUAACGCAUAUACCUGACCCCAGCAGUGGGUUGGGUGCUCAACCAGGCUCAAAACUUGGCAUGGUUUCCGGUGAGCGUAGUAACAGUAGUAACACACAACAGCCUAAAGGUGGUCGCAGGCAGCUUCAGCAGCACCAGCAACAAGCGCAACAAAUGAACUUUAACACGUAUUCUCUCCAGAUGAAUACUUCCAAACAUAAUUCUGGUAUGAGUAAUCUACAACAGCAAAACCAAUCCAGACUAGUACAGAAACGUUCUGCAACGAACUCCGUAACAGGAGGUGUGGAUUUGGAUUUCAUGGACCAGGAUAUGAUCGAUGCAUUUAACCCAGAAAAUUCGUCUGCAAUGGUCGGGAUUCAAAAUCUGGGAUCUAUGGUGGAUAGAACCUCUGUGGUUGGGGGUAGUACAAUACUAAAUCAACAGUCAGGCCCCGUCGUAGCGGGCAUAACAAAGAAAAAACAAUGCCGGUCAAUUAAUGGUAGCAGCGAGGCUAGCGGGGUUGCUGGUUCCCUCUCCAACAAAAGGACCCAUGGUGGUCCUCUUACAGCAGGUAAUUCUCGUCACGCGAUCAGCAGCGACGACGAAGAUGAUGAUGAUGACGAUGAUGAUCAGGAUGAUGAUCAGGAUGAUGAUGAACAUGUUGGUAAGUCCAAAAAACAAGGCUAUAUCGAUGACCCCGCUAGACGACUAUAUGUUAUGGACCACGAGGAACACAAGCCUUUCAAGUGCCCUGUUAUCGGUUGUGAUAAAACAUAUAAGAAUCAGAACGGCUUGAAGUACCACAAGACACAUGGUCACCAGAACCAAAAGUUGCAUGAAAACCCUGAUGGUACGUUUAGUAUUAUCGACCCGGAAUCCAACGAACCUUAUCCCGAUGGUAUGGGCUUUGAAAAAGAUAAACCAUACAGAUGUGAGGUUUGUGGGAAACGGUACAAGAACUUGAAUGGGCUUAAAUAUCAUAGAGGCCACUCCACCCACUAA